AUGCAGAAUCUUGAGUACGGCUGCAACAUCAUCCAGAACUGCAACCUGGACGACGGCCUCAACGGGUGGUUCCUACUAGGCCCCUGCACGCUGUCCAUCCACGACGGCAGACCUCGGGUGCUCCCGCCCAUGGCGCAGGAGUCCCUGGCACUGGACGACGAGCCACUCAACGGCAAGCACAUCCACGUCACCAACCGCACACAGACAUGGAUGGGCCCCGCGCAGAUCAUCACCGACAAGCUCACGCUCUACGCCACGUACCAGGUCUCCGCCUGGGGCACCGACGCCGGCGUCGACCUCAUGGUCGUGGGGCUCCAGGUGUUCCCCGUGGACCGGAAGGCCCGCGUCAAGCACCUAAAGCGGCUCACCGACAAGGUGCGCAAGCGGGACGUGGUGCUCAAGGUGACGGGCGCCGACGGGGCCACCGUCGAGGACGCCGACGGCGUGGAGGUGCGCGUGCGCUAG